AUGUCUGUCAGUAAGCGUCUGGUGGUGGUGGUUCCCAAUGAGAGCACCUUCCCUGCAGUGCGGCGGGCCUACACCAGUGAGGACGAGGCAUGGAGGUCGUACCUCGAGAACCCACUGACUGCUGCCACCAAGGCCAUGAUGAGCAUCAAUGGGGAUGAGGACAGCGCCAAUGCCCUGGGCCUGCUCUACGACUACUACAAGGUACCUAAAGAAAAAAGACACCUGCCAGUUCCCAAAGUUGUGGAAAUACCAGAGGAACAGGAGAAGAGGUCGCCGUUGCCUAGCAACCCCAGCAGCCAAAGCGAGGUGGAGACAGUGGACAACCAUGUUCAGGUCCUCAAAUCUGUCCCCGUCAACCUGUCACUGAACACAGAGCACCAGGAGAGCAAACGGGAGCAGUCCAGCAGCUCGACAGGGGCGGGGUCUAGGGACGGAGGCUCGCCAGCUGUGGCUGUGGUGAAGGCCGAGGUGUACGCCCCCGUCUACAUGACGGGCCCGGGGCAUCACUAUAGAGUGGAAGGAGAAGAGUCAGCGAGGGUGAUCUACGAACAGAGUCCAUAUGAGGUGACCACCGUCAGUCACAGCUCGUAUGCGAAAGAGGACCAGCAGAGUCCACCUGACAGCCCGUAUGAAGAAGAGCGAGAUGGGAGGUACCACACACCUUCUUCUCUAAAUACAGAUGACUUCUUAUUUCACCAGGAGGGAGUUGACAGCUUCCAGUACACGCUGGACGCCACUCGUUCUCUGCGUCAGAAGCAGGGCGAGGGACCAAUGACCUACUUGAACAAAGGCCAGUUUUACGCUGUGACGCUCAAUGAGCUCAGUGCCGACAAACGCCUCCGUCAUCCCAUCAGCAAAGUUCGGAGUGUGAUCAUGGUGGUGUUCAGUGAGGAUAAGAAUCGGGACGAGCAGCUUAAAUAUUGGAAGUACUGGCAUUCUCGACAGCACACGGCCAAACAGAGAGUCCUGGACAUUGCUGACUACAAGGAGAGCUUCAACACAAUUGGCAACAUUGAAGAAAUCGCCUACAAUGCCAUCUCCUUUACUUGGGAUGUGAAUGAAGAGGCCAAGAUCUUCAUCACAGUCAACUGUCUGAGCACAGACUUCUCCUCUCAGAAGGGGGUGAAGGGUCUUCCUCUGAUGAUCCAGAUCGACACAUACAGCUACAACAACCGCAGCAACAAGCCCCUGCACAGGGCCUAUUCACAGAUUAAGGUCUUCUGUGACAAGGGAGCAGAGAGGAAGAUAAGGGAUGAGGAGAGAAAACUCUUCCGCAAGAAGUCAAAAGGGAAGGAUGGAGGUGUCAGUGUGAUAAGUGUUCCCAAAAAAUCUGACACCACCUAUUUCAAGACCUUGACCGACUUGGAGGCCCAGCCCGUUCUUUUCAUUCCAGAUGUUCACUUUGGCAACCUGCAGAGGGCUGGGCAGGUAUUUACCUUAAACACAGAGGAAAUCGAGAGAGAAGGGAGUGUGCUGGUGAAGAGGAUGUUCAAGCCGUCAGAUGAAGAUCUGUGUCCAUCACCUCACAAACAGAUCAAAGCAGGGACGCACAAGAGAGUACUGUUGUAUGUAAGAAAAGAGACUGAUGAGGUGUUUGACGCUCUUAUGCUGAAGUCUCCCACGCUCAGAGGCCUGAUGGAUGCUAUAUCAGAGAAGUACGGCGUGCCCUCGGAGAGGAUAGCCAAAGUGUACAAGAAAAGUAGAAAAGGGAUCCUGGUGAACAUGGACAACAACAUCAUCGAGCAUUACUCCAACGAAGACACCUUCAUCCUCAACAUUGAGAGCUACGCAGACACUUACAAGAUCACGCUGACAGAGAUCUGACCGCUUGUCAGCUGACCUGAAAGACUGUGGGAUACGAUGAAAGAAAUGCUGUGACCGCUGGCUGGCUGAAAUCUACAGGGCUGCUACUAAUUGGCUGAUAAGCUGACUGACAUUGGAGACAGUCCAGCGAUGGUGUUGCUCCGAGACUGAGGUCAAUGUCGAUGCACCUGAUCCCUCUCCAACACUGUUACACUAUGAAGCAAAUCAUGGUUUCUCUGCAGGAAGAGGACAAUGAUACAAACAAAAAGAAGACAUUAUUCACAUGAACGGUCAUAUUGCAUAUUGUGUUUCAGAUCCAUGUCCUCCACUUUUACCGAAUAUUUUCAUUGUAUAAAAGAAUUUGUACAUUUAUUCUUAUUAUGUACAGUCUUGUGUUUUUGCCAAAUAAUACAUCAGGAAUAGUCAGAGAAUAAUUGUACUAUACUGUAGUUUGAAUUAGUUAGCAUCUUCUUUGCAUGCCAGCCAUUAUUUUUGUUAGUUAUUAUUUAUUAAUGUGUUUAAUUAUGAGGUUCUGCAUUUCUUUAACAUUUUAUCCAAGAAUUUCAAGUACUUUACAUUUCAGUGACCUUUCUCGUAGUCACCCUCUUCAAGAGUACUCACGAAGCUAUUAAAUGUCUUAUUUCUAUUUUUUUUUAGCCAUGUUUUAAUAUUUAUAUGAACAAAUAGCCAAAGUGUAUAUUUGUAUAAAUGCCAUGGUAAAGACAAAAAAAACAAAAAACAAAAAACAAUACUAUAAACAACAUCUGAGGGGUGAGAAAUGGCACUUGGUUACUGUGUAGGUCUCAUAUUUGGUGCGUCAUAAAUAAAGAUACAAACCUAAAGAUGUCAUUUUUGAUAAAACUAAAUUAUGAGUUUACAGUCAUGUGGCUCUGUGAGGCAAGGCACAGAUUUCAUUUUAAU